UUAAAUAGGAGGGGAGAGUCCUGCAGCUCCUCACUCUCAUCUCUUUGUCGUCUCAGAGCAGAAAGGCAGCAUCCACUAUGGCCUCCUUCAACAAUCGCAGUUUCUCGGUACGGAGCUCCAGCGGCUCCCUGAGCAACUUCGGUGGUGGACUGGUAUCAGUCAGGAAGGCUGGCAGUGUGUAUGGAGGAGCAGGAAAUACAGGGGUCCGCAUCUCCUCUUCUUCCAUGGGUGGACAUGGCAGCAUGGGGGGAGGCUACUCCUCGUCAAGCAGCUACAGCGUGUCCGGCAUGGAUGACAGCAUCAUCGGCAACGAGAAGUUCACCAUGCAGAACCUCAACGACCGCCUGGCUUCCUACUUGGCCAAGGUGAAGGCGCUGGAGAAGGCCAACGCCGAGCUGGAGCUGAAGAUCAGGCAGUAUGUGGAAAGCAAGGUCGGUCCCAGCACCAGGGACUACACUGCCUUCUUCGCCACCAUCGCUGACAUCACUGCCAAGAUUCAGAGCGCCAUCAGAGUGAAUGGUGGGCUCCAUCUCAGCAUUGACAACGCCCGCCUGGCUGCAGACGACUUCAGACUCAAGUAUGAAAAUGAGCUGGCAAUGCGUCUGUCUGUGGAGGGCGACAUCGCUGGCUUGAGGAGAGUCCUGGAUGAACUGACCAUGGCGAAGAGCGACCUGGAGAUGCAGAUUGAGGGUCUGAAGGAGGAGCUGAUCUUCCUCAAGAAGAACCACGAGGAGGAGAUGCUGGCAUUAAGAAGUCAGAUGAGCGGUCAGAUCGACGUGACAGUAGACGCUGCUCCAGGACCAGACCUAAACAAGAUGAUGGCCGAGAUCAGAGAGUACUACGAGGGCAUCACUGCCAAGAACCAGAAAGAGCUUGAGCUCUGGUUCCAGGCCAAGACGGAGACUCUGAACAAAGAGGUGGUCGUUCAGAAGGAAACCCUGCAGACGUCCAAGUCAGAAGUCACAGAGAUCAGACGGACGCUGCAGUCGCUGGAGAUCGAGCUGCAGGCCCAGUUGGGCAUGAAAGCGUCACUGGAGGGAACUCUGGCUGAGACACAAAACCGUUAUGCCAUGCAGCUCGCUGGAUACCAGAUGCAGGUGAGCGCUCUGGAGGAGCAGCUGGUGCAGCUGAGGGCAGACCUGGAGAGACAAGCACAAGAGUACCAGAUGCUGCUGGACAUCAAGACCAGACUGGAGAUGGAGAUCGCCGAAUACAGGAGGCUGCUGGAUGGACAGGGCAGCAGCAGUGUCAGCUCCUCUUCAACGACCUCGACCACCAGGACCAGGCGCAUAGUGGAAGUGGUGGAGGAGGUUGUUGAUGGAAAGGUAGUCUCUACCUCCUCCACCACCACCUCCGUGGGCACCUCCUGAGCUUCUGACGCAGGUGACAGCCAGUCACCAUCAUCAUCAUCAUAGUCUCAUCACCAUUGUUCACUGAUGUUGAGAAUCUGAUGUCUAACAAUAAAACAAGAGCUCAAAUAAACUCUGUGCUUAUGUC